AUGGCGCACCGACGGGAAGAUGACUGGACCCUGGUCCAGUACCGACGCGGCCGAAGGAGACAGCGGGAUCGCUCUCCACCGACGGGAAGAGGGACCUCUUCCACCCGCCGCCACAGCCAUCAGCGCCGGCCUGACCGCUCCUACGCGGCCGCUGCCAGAGCCCCGCCGCGAGCGUGGGCCGACCGCCGACAGUCACCCGGCCGGGAUGACUACCGCGGACACGCCUUCCGCGGCCAGCGGGGACCGCAUACCGCCCGGACCACAACCAACUACUACAGAGAACACAGGUACGAGGGGAACAGCAGAGCGACCCGAGGGAACCGCGCUGUCGGUGACUCUCCGCCAUCCGACCCAGAGUUUACUCUGACAACCAGAAUCAUAUAUAGACUGAUCAAAGCUAAACACCACCUUAGCAAUGUGAUGGCACCAGAACCACCUGUCUCCAUCACUAAGAUGGCUCACAACCUAGCUAGCGUCAUUAAACCGGCGGCUCCAAACCCCACCACUCUGACUCUCAUAGACGGCAACGCGAGGAACUGGGCUUACAACACCCUGCUCAUCCUCCGUGAUCACUACAAAGACUGUGUAAGGAAUGAUCUGCAAAUCCUCACCCAGCUCAGAGUGACAGACUGGCAGGACAACUUUGACGUAGCCUCUGCCUGGGCUAGGCGCCACUUCGGACGCAGACUACACCAGGACACUCUGGACAACACACAGGUACUCUUAAUACAGACGCUCACUAACAGACCUGGACCUCCACCAGCCGACCAUGACCAGCACAUACACACAUCUGCAGUCACACAGACUUUGGAGCCCACCAGACCGGUUGCGAGUACCACACAGAUUGACAAUGGACAGCCACACAUACACACACUUGCUCAGACGGCGAUAGCUCCGCCCCCCGGGCCGGUUGGCACACAACCUGUAACCACACAGACUCUGCUGCACCCAGCUAGCGCCACACAGACUCUGCUGCCGCUACCAGCGGGCACCACACAGACCCUGCUGCACCCAGCGGGCGCCACACAGACCCUGCUGCACCCAGCUGGCGCCACACAGACUCUGCUGCCGCUACCAGCGGGCGCCACACAGACCCUGCUGCACCCAGCGGGCGCCACACAGACCCUGCUGCACCCAGCGGGCGCCACACAGACCCUGCUGCACCCAGCGGGCACCACACAGACUCUGCUGCCGCUGCCAGCGGGCACCACACAGACCCUGCUGCACCCAGCGGGCACCACACAGACCCUGCUGCACCCAGCGGGCGCCACACAGACCCUGCUGCACCCAGCGGGCACCACACAGACCCUGCUGCACCCAGCGGGCACCACACAGACUCUGCUGCACCCAGCGGGCACCACACAGACAGCGGGGGCACAGCCAUCACCUGCCACGUCACAGAGGGACUCACCUCACCACACAGUUGUGACGGCCGAAAUACACAUCCCACCCAGGGAGGAUCUCCUACUGCUGGACCCUGCAACACCCCCCGAGCCGCGGCGCUCCACCAAGGCCACCAUGACGGAUCAGGUAACGGACUGGUCUCCAGAACCACAGCCAGAGACACAGAGGGACAACUUUCCCAGGUUCUCUUCCUCUCCGUCCUCCGCUCUUGGACAUCCUCCUCUCUCUCCUGACUUCCUCUCCACUCCAGUCCCUCAGCAGACUGCGGCUCCUCUCUCUCCUUCGCUCUCCCCAUCCUCUCAGGUGAUACCUGACACACAGCCAAAGCCUCUGGAGCAAAGGACACUGCGCAGCAGACGGAAGGUGAGACGCCAGGAAGCAGCCUCCCAGCAGCCUCCAGCUCCUCUGCCAACGGGGGUGACGGCGACCUCUGGGGAACCCAUCACCACGGACAACACGGUAAUACUGUCUGACUCAUCUCCCCAGGUAGUUAGCCUCCCCCUCCCCCCUGCCCCAAAAACUGGACAAGGUCCAGUCCAGAGACAACUGACUUUUGGCCCAGCAGUAGCUGCCACACCAGCACCUGCACUCACACGCCGCCCCACUAGACACAUCAACACACAGAGGAAAAUGAAGGAGUGGUGCCUGACUGCCAGAAGGAAAUGGCUCAUCAUUGGUGACUCAAAUGUGGCCAGAUUUCCACCUUUUCAGUGCCCAGACUUACAGGUGGACAGCUUUCCUGGAGCCACCUUCAGGCAUGCAGAAGCCAUCCUGGCCAGAACCAACAUUUGCACCACGGUCCAAAAACUAAUCCUCUCUUUUGGUAUCAAUAACAGGGCCCAAAACAUACAAAACACCACCAUCAAGCAGCUACAGAGAGCAGUCAGGAUGGCAAAACUGGCAUUCCCUCGGGCCACAGUCAUGGUGCCGGAGAUUAACUUCUCCAGAACCCUGCCUCAGCCAGACCAGGAUAACCUCAGAGAGCUGAAUCUCUACAUCACCACCAACCAGCCCUUUCUCCCUGCACUCUCGGGGAGGGACUUUGCCACGGAGAGAGAUGGCAUCCACUGGUCCCGCUCCACGGCCAAGCGGAUGCUGGACCACUGGCUGGACUCUUUAAAGUAAUUAACCCCGUGAACUCACUACCUCAGACGGGGGGUGGUCCACAGCCCAGAGACGACGGGAAGAGAGGCUCUGGAUACACCGACUGGGCACUUUGAUUCCGGGGGGCCUCAAUGAGAGGUGAGUGCUCGGGACUGGCAGACAGCUGAUGGCCUGUGCAUUCAAUGUCGCCGCCUUCGGCGUCGACAUUUCAAAAAUUUC